GCGCGAUUCUCCUUCAGCUCCUCAGCUUGACUAUGACUCAAACACGCGCCAGCAACUUGGAAAGUACGAAUCCAGGUCUUUUGGACAACCUUACUUUGAAUUCUAAGAGUGAAGUUCCGUACCUUGGAGGCCCCCGAAAUGGAGCAGCUCUCUUUCCAAACCCCACCUUCGACGUCACCUCGAAAGAUGUAGCUAGCGAUACAGCCACGUCGAAAGAAAUCCCAUGUCAUCAGGAAGAUGAAAAAAACACGAGCUCCACAGCAAGUGGCUUCCUCUCAUGCAACAGAGGAGGAAACAAGGUCAACAAAGCGCCUUGGCUAGUACCUCACACCGCAGAAGAACAGAAGAACAUGUGGUAUCACGCAUCUCUGGGUAUGGGCAAAAAACAAGUUGCAGACGAAUGGGGCUUCAAAAGCACAAGCGUUUCGCGAUCGCAUUCACCCCACGACGCUGCUAAGCCCCAAAGUACCAUCAGCGACGAAGAUUCCGGAAAAGCAGGAAGCCUUCAAGCCAGUUAGAUCUGAGAGAUUUGAAGACAGAUUGAGGAGACACAUAUCUCGGUGUAGUUGUCCGUGCGGGUGAGGAUCGCCACGGAUGCUGUACACCAGAUAAACCACGUGGUAGUCUUACAGACUUAGCGUAAAAAGCGUCCAGGAAAUUGCAUACAGAGUAUUAAGAGCCACGAGGAACGUAUUGAUCAUAUGAGAAAAUGGAAACCUUUGAUUGCGC